UGACCGCUCACAUCGCUGCUCCCUGUUGCUGAGUGAGAAACAGCAGAAAACCCUGGAUUCGAACAUCUGUUGGGUCUUUGUUUUGCUUUGUUUUGUUUCCUUUCAUUUUGCCUUAAGAAGAUGAACAAUGAAACCACAACCCUGAUAUCCUUGAAGGAGGCAAUGAAAAGAGUAGACCACAAACUCCAAGCUAUAGAAGCACAGUUCAAAGAACUGGACACCACCAAGGAUAAUCUGACACAGAGAUUUGAAUAUCAUAGCAAGACUUUGGCAAGUCAAGCAGCCCAAGAUGAGAUGUGGGCAUCAUGUUCUGCUUCAGAAGCUCUCCAUGUUUUCCUUAGGUUCACUUCAAUGGAAUUGAAUAUUUUAAACAGCUACGUCAUUGAAGUACUCAUCUGCUUGCAUACUCGAGUGCUGGAGAAGCUGCCAGACCUGGUGAGAGGACUUCCCACCUUAGCCUCUGUCCUUAGGCGCAAAAUCAAGAACAAGCGCAUAAGGGCUGCGUGGGAGUCUGUUCUGGAGGAAUGUGGGCUGCAAGAAGGAGAUAUCACCGCUCUUUGUACCUUCUUUGUUGCGUACGGUAACAGGGCAGAAUACUAUGCAGCUAAAGUGAGACAGAUGUACAUCAGAGAUGUUGUGUUCGUGAUCACUAAUGUGGUAAAGAACCAGGCUCUGCAGGAUGGUUUGCUGAGGGCUGUUCAGGUCAUUGAGAAGGGGAAAGCAGUGAAGACUCCUGAAGAGCAAAAGUCAAGCCUAAAAGAGUUGAUACCAUCAGUCAAAAACUAACUUGUCACCUUAUGACCCAGUGACUCCACUUCCAGCAGUUUAUCUUGCAAGUGGCAAAAGAAAGUUUGCAGUGUUAAUUCAUGCAGGCUUAUAGUUAUAGCAAAAAGUGAGGGGAUUAUUAUAGAGAAAUUAUGACAAAUUGAUACAAUGAAUAUUUUCUGAAUGAGUACAUAAAAUAAUGAAAAAGCUCUUUGAAUAAUGACAUGGAAUGGUGCUGGGGGUAUAGCUGAGCAUGAGUGAAGCCUUGGGUUUAAUCCCUAGCACCACAAAAAAAUAAGCAAAGGAAAAAAAAUAAAGAAAACAUUAUGGGGGCUGGAGGUGUGACUCAUGGUAGAGUGCCUAUCUCACAAGCGUGAGGACCUAAGUUCAAACCCUAUACCAUGAAAAAAAAAAAAAGCCUGAAAAAAUAAUAUGGAGUCAUCACCAAGCUAUAGUGUUGUUUUUAUUUAAAUAUUCAUUUCCUAUAUAUGCUAAGUAGAGAAACGGGCAGAACCAAAAAAAUAUAUAUGAGCGUAUAGGUUGCAUGUUAUUUAGGUAUCUAUAAACUUUUGCAGAGAUACAUUAAAAAGUGAUAAUAUUAGCUGGGUGCUGCUGCCUUACAUCUAUAAUCCUAGCUACUCGGGAGGCAGAGAUCAGGAGGAUCACAGUUCAAAGCCAGCCUGGGAAAAUAGUUCUGCAAGACCAUAUCUUGAAAAA